UUCAGCAUUUUCAGAAACGAAUAUACGGCAUUCGCAUCUGAAAGUAAAAGUUGAUGGUACUAUUUCGUUGUUCGGUUUGUGUUUUUUUUUGUUAAUUUUAUUUUAUUAUAACUCGUGAUUAAUUGUUUAUAUGUGCAAACAGUUAUAAAAGAAAAAAAAAGUGACUUCUAUGGAAUAAAUAAGAAAAUGUGGUGGAAUAUUUUAGUAUCAUUAUUAUUACUACCAAAUUUUGCCCUGCUGCAAAAAGAUUGUUCAACAGAUGAACAUGAUAGAUGUGUCAGAAUAGCUGACCCUUUAGUAAAGGAAGCUCAUUUAGUAUUUCCAGACAACCUGAAUGAUAUUGAUUUGGUAUGUAGGACGUGGAACAAACUGGUAGAUUGUCUGAAAACAUAUACUGAACACUGUUUUACUGAUCAAGAAAGGAGACAAUUUAAUAGAGCUGUUGAGAGCCCAAUCGAGAGUGUUCAUCAAAUGUGUAUGCAGCCUGGAUAUCAGAAAGAAUAUCUACAAUAUGCGCCUUGUAUUAAAAAUACAAUGAUCAAAAGAAUCCAUUGCGGAACACAUUACAACUUACUAGUUGACCAGGUAGAGCAAGGCGAUAUCAUAUCAAAAUCUACACUUUGUUGUUCACAUGAGAGAUUUAGGCAAUGUGUUCUUAAAGAAACUAAACGACUAUGCGAUAGAGGCAUUAGUGAUGGUCAAGCUACUAGAUUUGCCAGUCAGUUCAUCGAUAAAGCAUUUAAGUUUUUGCAAGAUCAAUGCAUCAAUUACAUUCCCAAUUCUGGAGAUUGUGUUGCCUCAGAUACACAAACCUCAUAUUCGGAUCGGUCAGAACCUUCUUCCGCGAGCCCCUCCUCUAGUGAGGUUUAUCCAUGGAGUACUAUAAAACAUGAAGCUAAGGAAUUAUCAGCUUCGAGAAUACCUAAGUUAUCUACAAGUAGCUCGUGGCUACCUUCUAGUACUACUACUAGAGCAGAUCCAGAAAACAAUGCUAUAUCAGGAUCUAUCUUUCCAACUCAGCACCUUGGUACGCGUUCACGUCCCGCCUCCUAUGGAAGAGCUAGCAGCUGGUUUCCAGAUGCAUUAUUAAGCACUACUUUAUCUUCCAAUACAUUACCCAAUUUUCCCAGUUUAUCUUCUACUCCAGGAAGCAUUAGAGAACAUACAUUUUCUACUGCUAUGUCGUACGAUAUUAAUGCCGGAUAUAACAAUAAGGUUGAGGAAAAAAGUGUGUCAGCCUCGCCACCCUUUAGACCAACAGAUCAUUCUUCAACAGAUGCGACGUCAUAUAUCUAUUCAACUCUUCCAGAACCAGACACUUGGUAUCCUGCGGCAGGAAACCAGCUGAACAACGAUGUUGAUGAACCCAAUCAGUUGGGCCUAAGAAAGCCUAAAAAUAAUAGUUGCAGGAGUAGAGUUGAUAUUCUUAGAGUGAUGACUUUUUCAGUUGUGAUUGGUUGGUUGCUAAGGACGAUAUAAGGAUAGAAAGAGUCUGGGACAGUUCUAAUAAGCUCAAAGAGAUCUUUGGUUACCUUCUUUAAUGCCUUUUGCAGUGUUAAGUAUAGAUAUUUAUGAUAAUAAUUUAUUAGCGAAUAUAGAGCUUUAAGUAAACAA